GUUCAUUAAUCAUACAUGCUAUGCCAUCGCUGCUUAAUGUGGAUAACCCUGCCAGUGAUAUAAGUCGUAACUUGGAGUCGGAAGUUAGCCAUGCAACCGAGGUAUAAUUUAUACGCCGGUCGCCGGUAUGGUGGAUAGAGUACCCAGCCGAUAUUGCUAGAGAGUGAAGGGCUUGCAGAUGUCGACGACUGGUGCAUCGCCUUUGGAGGACUCGGCUGCCGAUGUGGACGUCGGCGCCUUACUUCGCCUGAGGCCUGCCCUUCGAACUACGCCAGAGAUAAACUCUAUCAGGACAGCCUUAAAGAAAAUCGCAUUCUUCGCUGACUGGGACGAAGAUGCGCUUCACCAGAUAUGCGGCGUUCUAGGCUGCGAGAGCUUUAACCCAGGAGAUGUCAUUUCAGAGGUCGGGGAGCCAGCAAGCAGCAUUUACAUUGCGCUAUCCGGCAGCGCUGACCUCUCCGUGCCGCACCCAACUGACCCACGGGUCCAGCCCGAGGUCCGCGUCCUGCACCCCGGCAGCGUCUGCGGCCUGGAGGCCAUUCUUUCCGGCGACCGAAGAGUCCGCGAGGUGGUUACCGCGGGCCCGGCAGGCCUGCUGGUCGCUACCCUGAGCUCCAGCGCCUGGUCGGAUGUCUGCGCACGUGCGGCCGCAUCCGCCGGCAGCACCCAUAACACCAGCACCCACAACUCCAGCACCCAUCCCGGCUGGGUUGCCACACGCUCCGCGCUGCUUUGCUCCUGCAUUCAGCAACUGGCGCUGGAGUCUCCUACGCACGCGGCUCACCCGCACCACCACCACCACCACCGCCACGGUCACCACCACCACGGACAUCACCGGCACGGCCACCACCACGGCCACCACGGGCACCACCACCCGCAGGACCUUCAGCACCAGGAAAGCCACCACCAGUCAGCACCUCAACAGCUCCUGCAGCACCCCCAUGCGAAUCACCUCAGUGACAGCAGCCACAACCUCAGCCUCGGUACUCAGGAGCACCAGUCCUUGCACCCCGCGCAGCAUCUGGGUCGGGAGCUCAGCCUGCUCAGCAGCGUGAGCAGCGUACAGAGCCCCGCGCUCUCCGCGUUUCCCUCGUUCAACUACUCGGGCGCGGCACAGCAACAGCCGAUGGCGGCUCAGAGCUCGCCGCAGGUGCCGGUGCUCGGGAACGGCGUGCCGGCGCAGCAGCAACAGGCGCCGGGGUUGCUUUCCGCGCCGCAAGUCGCUGUGCCGGGCUUGUUGCAGCCUAACCCGCUGGCGCCGCAGCUAGCAGCGCCACCACAGCAACAGCAACAGCAGCAACAGCAGCAACAGAACCCACUGAACGGGCUGCCACCACCCAAUCCCCAGAGCUCUGCACAGCUCCACCCACAGCAGCAUCAGCAUGGGCAACAGCACCCGCAUGCUUCAAGCUCUGACCACCAUUUAAACGCCUCCCCCAGCCUGCAUCUGCACCCACUCCACCCACUCCACCCUCACCACCCCCAUCACCACCACCACCGCCACCACACUAGGAAGGAAACCAUACACGAGACAGCCGCCACUGCUGCUGCCGCUGCAGCUGCUGCGGUGGCUGCAGGACACCCUGUGACCACCGUCACAGUGGUAGGCAAGCCGGGCGUUGGCGAGACGCUAACAGAGGCACUGCGGCUCGACCGACUGGCAACCCUGCUGGCGACACUGCAGAGCUCCAUGGCAGCCAUGCCCCACCUGAUGCUGCGGGAGGCCGCCAGGGGCUGCUUCGUGCGCGCCGUACGACCGCACGCGGUGACGUACCACGUGGGGGGCAGCGCGCGCUCGCAGGCGGUGCUGCUGGCGGGGGAGCUGCAGGUUCGCACCCACCGGCGCCAUCACCACGGUCCCGUCGUACACCACAGCGGCAGCGGCACCCCGGGCUCUCCGUCCCACCCGCACCAGCAUCCGGAUCAGCACCCUCACUCGCACCUGCACUCCCCCUCCCACCCCCACGACAACAACCACCACCACCAGCACCAGCAGCACCCGCACCACCCGCACCACCACCUGCACUCCCCCUUACAUCACAACCACCAUUUCCACCGGCAUUUGUCCCACAGCCACUCCCUACACCACCAUCACAGCCUGCGCCACCUGCCCAGCAGCCACUUGGGUCACCAUGCCGUGUCCCUGGGUUGGGAGCAAGGGGGAAGCGAAUCCGAGGAGGAGGAUGGACUAUCGGAGCAUCGCAGCUGGGAGAACGGCUCAGACUAUAUGCUUGAUACGUGGGAGGAGGAUUUGAUGGCUGCGGUUACAGAGGGAGGCAAAAGCGCCACAGAUGCGAUACUGCACAACUGUGUACAGCAUAAGGAGGCAAGCGGUGGCGCUGUUAACCCGCAGCAAAAGGACACUUCAGAGGCUGCUACAGCUGCAGCUGCAGCUGCCUCCCCAACGGAACAUCAGCAGGGCCCGCAAGCAGCUGGAUCCUUGAAGCCCGGUGAACAUGCAGAUGCAAUCGAGGAGCACCUAUUGGAGCGGUUCGGGCCUGUUGUGGCGGCUGCGACCUGCGGCGCGGUGCUCGGGGAAAUGCCCCUGGCGUCCAUCACGGGGGACCGCUCGCAUGCGCGCCGACACAAGCAACGAACCUCCCUCACAGCAGGCACCUCACCCGCUACAGUCCUCGUCAUCCCGCUCGCCUCCCUGCGUCACGGCUACGACGCCGCUCUGUCCGCCCUGGUAGCCGCCCGCACCUCCGCGCUGCUGACCGGCGUGGAGGCACUGCGGGGGCUGCGGGGCCUGGGGCUCGGCGGGAGCGAGCUGGCGACACUGGCACUGGGUGCGCAGCCGCUGUGGCUGGCGUCCGGGGCGGUGGUGGCGCGGCAGGGGGCGCCCGUGGAUGCGUUGUACCUGGUGCAGGAGGGCGAGAUGCGGCUGCUGCAUGACCCCGACAGCGCCGCGCAGCAGCAGCACCUGCAGGAGGACAGGUCCCACCUGGCGGCGUCGGCAUGGGGCUCCUUCGCGACCGCUGGGACCUCCGCUGGGGGAGCAGCGGCGGGGGCGGCCUCCGCCGCUGCGACGUCAACGUCUGGUACGGCAGCCUCGGCUUCGGGUGGCGCGGGAGGUGCUGCGGGAGGACAAGGGGGUGCGUCAGCCGCGGCUGGCGGCUCGGCGGCCGCUGCUGCCGCGGCAGCAGUGGCUGCCUCGCAUGCGCCUGCGGCGCUGGCGGCGAUCCUUGCGGACCCGGUGCUCGGCAGCGAGCUGGGCGCGCCGGCGGGGCGGCAGGGGCCCAGCGGCGCGGCGGCGGCGGCGGUGUCGGCGGCGGUGUCGGCUGUGACGGCAGUGGCUGCGGCUGGCGGGGCGUCGACGGCGCAGGUCCAGCGAUCGCUUGCGCACCUGACUCCGCUCAUGUCGGUGGGGGCUGGCGGCAUGCUGGGGGAGAGCGUGCUGGGGCUGGUGCCACUGGCACGCGAGCAACCAGCCCCGGCCGACCACCACACCUUCGCCGCCCUGCCUCCGCGGGCCUCCAUAAGCGGCCUUCCAUCGCCGGCGCCCAGCAUUUCCGGCAUGCUCUCCACUUGCUCCUCCCCGCCCCUGCACCCCUCGGCGGCACCUCCCUUACCCUCUCCUCUGCCCGGCGCUGCUCGCUCGCCCUCACCCGCACCCGGUCACCCGCACGCCCAACAGCACGACACGGCAGGCCACUACCAUUACAGGAGCUCAGAGAUGGGAGGAGCGAUGACCGCAGCAGCAGCAGCCGGGGCGGCAGCAGGUCGUGUUCCCAUGCGAACAUCCAUGUCAGGUAUCAACACGACCACCGCCACGACGGUUAAUGGUGCGACAGCCUCAGGUGGGAUGACAUCCGCGGCGCACUCCAGGAGCGGCGGCACCAUUUCCGGUGGAGCAGGAGUCGGCGUGCACGCGACUUCCAUAUCUGGCUUGGCGGCGGACGUAGCAGGCGGUGCUGCGGGUGGUGCUGCGGGUGCAGCGUUUGAUCCGGAGGCCGAGGAGCAGCUGCGAGGCGUGUUUCCGGCUACUGCCGUGGCGUCGGGUCCGGUGCGGCUGCUGGCACUGCCGCGGCAUGUGCUGUUGGCGGUGCCGCGGUUGCAGCCUCUGCUGGCGGAGCUGGCUCGGGAGCAGCUGGCGAUGGUGGAGCGGCGGCGGAGGGACGCGCAGGAAAUGCGAGACAAGCUGCCGGCACUCUGCUCCGCGGAGGGUCUGGCGGCGCAGCAGCAGCAGCCAGCAGCCCCCCCCAGGGACCCCUUCUCCAACCGGCGGCGGCGGUUAUCGGAGCGGCGAGCCGCCGUGGAGAGCUUUAACGCGCCGCCUGCUGUGAUCCAGCCGCCUGAGGUGGUGUUGCCUGAAGAGGCACUGGCGCGACCCUCGCUGCUACUGGAGCGCAUGGGCUUCAAGGUCCCCAAGGUCCGUGGCGUGGAUGGAGGCGGCGGUGUUGCUGCUGCCGCCGCCGCCGCCGGCAUAGGCCCGCCACCCACCGUCGGUGCCGCCCGCCGCCGUGUUUCCGUACUAGAGCCCACCCCCACCGCAACCGACGGCGCCCCUCGCUCCUUCAUGAACCGCCUGAACAGCCUCGCCGGCGAGCCAACCACGUCCACCACCUCCAAUCCCUCGCUGUCCCUCCCGGUCCCGGGCGCCUGUCCUGCCCUUGCUCCGCUGACGUCGCCUCCGCCACCGCUGCAAGUCCCCGCUGGCACCAGCCUGCUGCCUUCCCUCCUCAACGCCCCAACACCGUUUGCUGCUGCUACUGUUGCUGCCACUGCUUCCAACCUGCCUUCAGAGGCCUGCCUGAUGCAAGCUAACGGCAGUAGCAGCAGCCCGGGAGACGUUUGGCCCUCAACUCAGCUCCCCCGGCUGUCCCGCUCCAGUGUAGCCAGUACCACAGGUGAUGCGAUGCUGCAGCAGCAACGCAUUCCCGCCGCCGGCGGCGGAGCGGCAGCGGUGGCGGCGCCUCAACCCAGCAUCAGCGGCCCCUCGCCGCUGCGGAGGAGCUCCACCUUAUGGAACAGCGCCGACGGGCCCCUUGGAGGCGGCGGCGGCGGCGGCGGCUUUGGAAGCCUGGCGGCGCUAAGCGCCCCUAGCUUCAGUCUGGGCAUUGGACCCGGACCCGCUGCUCUGAGCUCUCAGACCCCUGCCUGCGGGGCGUCAAGCCUUGCCUCCGGUCCCAGUGGCGUCGCGCCUGCUGCACCUCAGCUAGCGCGCUACUCUUCAGGAGAGUACGGCACUAGCGGCGGCGGCGGCGUGGGUGUUACAGUUGGUGGAGGAGGGGCAAGUGGUGGGGUGCUGGGGUCGCCGAAAAGUCGUCGCAGCAGCUUAUACAUGCCGCAGCCGUCGGCUAUGGUGGCCCAGUUAGCGUUGGGCGCACCAUUUGGCUUCCCACAGCAAACGCAGCCGCAACUGCAUUUCCAACCGCAGCCACCCCAGCAGCAGCUGGUACAAGGUGCUUUGUCGUCAAUUUCCAGCUGCGGCGGCGUCAGCGUCAGCGGUGGCGGGGGAGCUCCUGCGGCGCCUAGGGUUAGCGGCAACGGCAUGACGAGUACUUCAGCUGCCGUACUUUUGCCCUCCGCCAGCCGCCGGGGCUCGACAUCAAUCACCUUUGCGCGCCUGUCAAACCUCAGUGGCGGCGGCAGUAACGGUGGCGGCGACGGCAGCAGUUGCGGCGGUGCAUCUCCGCUGCUUGGAACCUCGCCCGCCAGCUCGUCUCUGCUUGCGGCGGCGGCCGUACCGGAGCCCAGUGGAGACUCCAUCGGUGGCGUCAGCACCGGCAGCGGCGGCGGUAGUGGCGGCGGUGGCGGUGGCGGAAUGCUGGCGGCACUGAAUGCCGCAGCCAAGGCUCGUCGCGCCUCCUUACGUGCGUCCAUAGAGGAUGUACGGUUACCGGCGCUACCAGCGCAGACGCAGCGGGCAAACAAAGCACCGCAGGACGAGAGCUCACGGCUUCUGGCGGCGGCGCUGUCGUUUGGCCCUCGUACGGCAGCAGCGGCGGCAGCGCCAAUGGCUGCUGACGUCACCGCUAACGCCGCCGCCGCCACCGCGGAUUCCUGGCUGGCUGAGAACGGUUUGCCGCCUUCGGAUGCCGUACAAAGAGGCCCCCGACCGCCUCCUCAACCGCUUCAGCCCCUAUCACCGCAACCUCCGCCACCACCUCCGCCGCCCGCGCUGCAGGCGUCGCCGACGACCUUACAGCAUCAGCACUCGCAGCACCACCUGCGGCGGCAGCUUUCGCAGCCCCUGGUCCAACAGUUGCUGCUACAGCAACAGCUACAGCCUCUGCAGCCGCCGCCACAGCAGCAGGAAAUGCCGCCUGCUCCGAGUGGACAGCUGGCGCUCGCCGCGCUGCGGAGGGGUCCAACGGAGGGGCUGAGUGUGCGCUGAGGAGGGCUUGGGCUGGGCCGAUGACGCUGGGGCACUUGACGGCUCCCCGGCACCAACAUACGGUACGUUCCUACUCGCGGCCAGCUUUUUAAACACACGGCAGCAACGGAGCCAAAUGGUGAACGUGAAUAGGGGUGAAGUGGCGAACUACUGAUGUGAAGUUUGAAUAGGAUGGCGGAGGGGCCAGAGAUCGUGAUGAGGAAGCACGGGCUCCAUGCAGCAAGCAACACCGGCAGCACUUGUGCAUGUGUGCACGUGCACGUGAUUGGUUGUGGGGAUGCAUGGCUGCAGGCAACAGAAGCGCACACAGGCACCUGUUCCUGCUGUUACCGGACGGAUUUUUGCAUUUGUGUAAAUCGUCACACGUUUUCAUGGUGACAGACAGCGUGCUUGUUCGUAUUUUUUGUUCGAAUUUGGGGGAACGGUGCAGAUAACUGAUGCAAAAGGUAUGGGCACGUGUCUGAACUUCUUGCACAAGGUCUUGGGGAGCUGCAAAGCUCACUGCAUGGGUAUCCAAAAGUUUUCAAUAACUUGAAAGGUCAGCGGCGGAGCGUUCACGUGAUGCACAGACGACGUUGCCUGCAUGUGUUGGGAGCUCGUGGCUGUGCACGCUGUGUGCUAAUAAUGUUGUUAGCUGCCGCGGGCAGGUUGGCGCUGGAGUAUGCAUGUGCGCAUACGGUGCGCUACAAUUGAACAGUAGCUGCAGGUUUGGAUGGAAGGAGGUGAACUCUUGACAAACCGGACUCCAUACACUCCCUUUGGGAUUGCGUGUGAUCUUGUAGGGGUUUGGAGGUGCCCUCACAUGUGUAGGCCUCAUGAAAUCAGGGGGGCGUUUAGGUGCCACGGCAUUGUAUGUGCUGUCGUACCGUGUUUCCCCAACCGCUGAGACAUGCGUGGGUUACUUGCUUGGGCGAAAAUAGAACAACCCGCUGGAGGGCUGAAAAGCCUCGUGCUGCUUUUCGGCUUAAUCGACUUGCUUGCAUGCGCGCUGAGAGCAGGUGUCUACGACGUGCUAAGCUGCAGUGCGCCGAGUCCUUCGCCUGUCAGUCCUUUUUUUGUCGUGAAAACAUUGCUCUGGUAGGGUCUUGGCGCAUACAGUCCUACGUGAGUGCAUGUUUGUGUGCGGGCAUGCGCAUGCGCUGGCUUUGAAGUCGCAGUGGAUAUAUCGAUAUGGUCCCUUUACCCUUUGCUAUCUGUACGGCGGGUCAUGUGUUUAGGUCGGCCGUAAGCUGACUCUUGUUGCCGUUCUGCCAAUAAAUCGCGCGCACGUGUGCAAGCGGACGUGCCUUCAAGGUCAAGCUCCUGACUCGGGCUGUAUGUGUGGUGCUUUGCGGUUGAGGUGAAUCCCUUUGUCAACAGGAACACCCCACCCAGAUGUCGGGGUUCGAUUUUUCCUCUUGCCCGGAUUCCCGCUGUCUUUUGCUGUGAUGCAGAAGCUGUGGUGCAGAUGGAUUGUGCGCCUUGAUCCUCUGCCCUGAUUACUUUUCACGCCUUUAGUAUCUUUCUUGGUGACUGCUGCGGCUUGCUCAACAGGCCUGUCGUACGACGUGGGUAGUCUUGACGUGUGUCGUGCACUUGCUCGGAAACAGACAUACAGAUGCACGCUGACGCUGCACGGCACGCAUGAGCAAAAGCAUGCGUGUUUUGAGGCGUGCGUACGUUCCCUAGCGCUGUCGUACCUGAACCUUCGUGUGCGUGGAACCGCUGCUGGGGCCUCGGAUUAAUAUUACUCCCUGCAGCAGGGCCGCCGACACUAUCCUUAACUCUUCCCUUUGUGUUGCUCGGGCGGCGAAGCUCGUUUAGGUCAGCUGGUUCAAACGUCUUGUCCAUGUAGCUUGACGAGUGCCUGUGACAUCGCUGACAUGCCCUUGCCGUGCAUUGGGGCUUGCGUGCAUGGGUCCGUCUAGAUGAUAAACUGCUGCGUGCUGGCACACGUAAACGAGGUUUAUGCUUGCUGCUGCUGCUGCUGGCCUACUUACUGGCUGUGAAGCUUUAUGGAUAGCUCGAGCGUCCAGUGGGGCCAUCAUAAUAGGUUGGUGGUCAAGCUUGCUCACAUGCAAGAGACACUUGUGGAUCCGUUCCAAGUCGCCUGCGUCUCUGCUACAGCAGCCGCUGCGCACAAUCAAUCCACUCGCGUUGGGGCUCGACUUCGUUCUGCCGUUAUACUAUUGGUUCGACCUUGGCGCUUAUUCGUACACUGUAACGGGCAUGCAGGAG